GAAAAUGGAAUAUCAGCCGUUCCAACCGGCCGUGAAGGAUUUUUUCAUUAAAUUUACCCAAUUAACUUAAACAAUUUCAAAAUAAAGUGUUUAUAGUGUAUACCUGAGCUAUAGAGGAUUUCGAAUAUCUAUAGUUUUGCAAAAAAUUAGCAAGAAUAAAGCCAGCAAUUUCAAUUAAAAUCGUUGAGAAAAAGAAGAAAUUUUUGCUACGACUUGCGUGGAAUGAAAAAUUAAAGAAGAAAACGUAAGAGGCGACGAAAGACGAAGUGAAGAAAAAACGCAAAAAAAUAAAUCAAAGUGAAAAGUUUUUCCUUUUUAUAAGAUAAAAAGUUAUAAUAUUUGGAUGUAAUUUGUUUUUGCAAUUUAUAUGUAUAGAAGGGAGAGCUUGUUUCUAUUUGAGAUUUGAAGAAAAGGAAUGUGAUCUGUUGGAAAACUACCAUUCAUCUUUUUAACUACAUGCAAAAGAGUGUGUUUGUGUGUGUAAGGUGUAUGGCGACUGGAGACGAAAGAAAGCCCCAAAUAAAAAAAAUUAACAUCCAUUUUUUUAUUGACUAAUAAAUUUGCUUUUUUUUGUUGAUGUGAAUGGGAAAAAAUAAGUGAAGGAACAAAAAUUGCAGUGCAUAACACAUUUUUAUAUUUGAGUGUUGUUGCGGCCAUAGAACGAAGAGGAUUUUCUGGAUUUCAAAGCCACCAAUGUCUGGCAGCAUUCGAGUAGAAUAUGUUUACAAAAAAUGCCCAGAAAUGCUGCAAAGAAAGCGAAUAAAAAUAGAAAAAGUCUUCCAAUUCGAGUGAAGUUGACAACAAACAAAACCAAAAGGAAUAUUAAUAACAAUAACAAAGAGAAGAAUACAAAUAACAGCAAUCAGCAAACGGCUCUCAAAGAAUAUCAACAACAAAAGCAAACGAAGAAAGCUGAAGUUAGAACAGCAGAAAACGCUGAUACUACUACCGGAGGAGGGUAUCGAAACUGUGACGACGAUUGUGAUGUUAAUUCUACUGUCAUCAAAACAACAUCAAAAACAGCAGAAUCAUCACCAACAACAGCUACAGCAACAACAACAACAACCUUAACAAUAGCAACCAAGGUUUGCCAAUUUCCAAUUAAUUGUCAACAUUUACGGACAGCCUCAACUUCAUCGUUGUCGUUGUUUCUAUCGUCUGGUCCCGCUACAAGGCCAACUCAGACCAGCAUUACACUUGAGAAGGCUGGUCACUUGGCGACGGGUAAAAUCGCUUCACCACAGAGUAUUGUAGUGAAAUCGUCUAAUGAGGAUAAUACUGCAUGCCCUAAUUUAGGUAGUAAGGAAAAAGUCGAAAUCAUUGAACAAAGUUCACAAAGCGACUCUCAAAGUGGCAAGCGGGACAAUACAACAAGCAUUGUCACAAGCGAUAGCAACGACAUUGUUUUAGGCAUUGACAACAACAAUAUUGCACCAACAACAGCAGCAGUAGAUACAGUGACAACAGCAGAAAUCGUUUCAUCAUCAUCAUACUCAUUGUCAACGACAACAGCAGCAGCAUUAGUAUCGUCAUCAACAUCAUCACUAACAUCAGCAACUCGUCUAUCUACAUUGUAUCCCAUUGUUAUUGAAACUCAUAUAUCAGAAACUCAAAGUUUGUCAGGAGAUUUAAAUAAAACACAAACACCAACAGCAGCAGCUACUGCAGCAACAACAUCAAUAAAAAAACAUUCCAUUUCGUCUUCUAAUGUUACAAAUUGUAAUACAGACAACACUACCAAUUCUGUUGCAACAGAAGCGCCAAGUAGUACCAUUGCUGCUACGACAACACGAACAGCAGCAAUUACCACAACUAAUGCUGCAGUUGAUACCCCAUUAAAAGAGCAAAAAGAACAAAUUCAGCAGCAACACCAGAAGCAAGAAAAGUUAUCAAGCAAAACUUCUACAUCAUCUCCCUUGCAACAACAACAGCAACGCAAUCAACGAAAAAAGCGACACUAUCAUCAGCCGCACGAGGUUAAAGCCCGCCUGGAUACUUUGAGGACAAGAAAACCCCCUGUUGUUGCACUUGCUGACAACCAAACUAAAGCUACACAGCCACAACAACAAACACAAAAAGGUCACAAAAACGACGAGAACGUUUCGCAAAAAACACUUGCCGCAGAAGAAAUCGGCAAGAAACAGGACGACGACAACAACGACCAUAAAUUCAAUCAACAUAAAGACGAAGGAUUCUUCAGAAGAAGAGUAUUUCCCCCUUUGGAUGAGGCAACAUUGAAUCUAAUAGAGGUAUUGAGUGAUAACGAGGUUAAGAAACCAACUACCAAGCGUAAGCGAAAUCAAGCGGCCCUACUUGGAUUUAAUAUACAACCAGCUCGUUCCAGACGCGCAACAGCAACAGCGCAAGCUGCAGUCAUCGUUGCUGCAGCGGGGGCAACUGCUGACCGAUCUCUACAUAAUCUAGGCAUUGUGGGUGGAGGACAAAAGCAAUUAACUGGCAGCGAUUUUCUAAAACCCUUGCCCAUCGAAGCAGGAAGUACGAAUUCGAAAAAACGGCCACGUAUUAUGUCUCUGUAUGAGCGUCCAUAUCAGACGGCCAGCGAUGGUCGAGGUGGUGGUGGUGGCAGUGUUGUAAGCAAUGGCUACAUGUCGACAUCCCGUUCAAGUUCUUCGGGCGGUGGUGGUGGUUCCGGCACCGCAAUGGUAAUGAGCGAUUCCAAUGAUAGUCAAGAUAUGACCAAUCAAUACUAUCUAUCGGGAACCAGUGGUUCCGGUAUUGCGGGCAAUUCCAAUUCUUCAGCAUUACUGGGUAAUGGCAGUGCCAUUAAUCAUGCACCCACCAUGGGCACAUUGUGCAACAUUGGUAAUACAUGCUACCUUAACUCGGUGGUAUAUACGCUGCGUUUCGCUCCACAAUUCUUGCACAACCUCCAUCACUUGUUGACCGAUUUGAAUGCAUUGCAACAAAAUAUAGCCAGAGCGCGAGCAAAAUCGUCUUCCCUGGGUCGGGGCAUGAGUGCUGUGCACAUGGAGAAUGCCCGAAGUUGGAGUAGCAAAGAUUUGGCUUCCAUGGAGCAGUAUGCCUCCAACGCAGUUGUUGGUGGCCUGUCGAAUACGGUAGCAUCGGCCACGACCUCCUCUUCAUCGACGGCGACGGCCCUAACGCAAGUCACACAGAAAAGUAGCCAUCAGUUAUUAACCGAAAAGCUGCAUGAAUUAUAUCAGAGUUUAUAUCGCAAUGAAAUGAAUGAGUCGACGGAACCGCACCAUGCCGAUACAUUAUUGCAUGCUAUACAAGAUGUUAGCAGUAUUUUUGAGGGUAACCAACAACAGGAUGCCCAUGAAUUUCUAAUGUGUCUUCUUAACAGCAUUAGAGAAACGAGUCAAACCCUAAUUAAAGCCAUAGCGGAAUGUCCAGAUGUGAUAAUGAAUGGAUAUAUUUCCAAUCCCGAUGAUGUGGAACGUGAUAUGAAACACUCCAAUGUUGUUGGUGGUGGCGGUGUUGGCGGCAACGCUGGGGGCAAUAACAGCGGCAGUAAUAGCAACAAUAUGACUGUCUCGUCAGCCCUAAGCUCACUGACAUCCAAUUCAAAGUCGUCCUUGUUUUUCUCGCGUAAAUCAAAACGGAAAGAUGAAACGAAAAAUUCCAAAAAUUCCCGCCUUCAAUCUCCUCUAAAAGAUAACCAAAUUACUGGCAACACAACACCCCAAUCAAAUAGUCACUUCUAUUUGAAUUCGAAUGAUCUCAAUUCAUCGGCGUCCACAUCGCCGCCUUCGGCAGCUGGUGGUUCAUCUUCAAUUACGUCGCCCUCAAAUUCAACGUCUGCUGCUCAAUUGGGAGCUAACGAUGAGAUAGAUGCGUCAUCAACUCCACUUGCCGUACUGUUGAAAGACAAACAACGUUUGGAGGGUAGAAUUCGUGAAUUGGGUUUGGAUUUCUUCAACGAUGAUUUUGAGGGCAUAACGGUGUCCACAACCAAGUGUUUAAGCUGUGAAACAAUUACAGAGCAAAAGGAAACGAUGAUAGAUAUUGCUGUACCUGUACCGCAAGCGGGCUACGAGAGCAACGAAUAUAAUAUGGAUAGGCCGAGUUCCUUUAUACAGAACUCUUGCAUAACGCGCGAAUAUUUUCGCAAUGAAAAUAAAUAUCGUUGUGAACAAUGUUGUGGAUACACCGAAGCUAUACGUUCUAUAUCCUAUGAGGUCUUACCGCGUCUAUUAAUUAUCCAGUUAAGCCGUUUCUCUGGCGGCAUGGAAAAGAUCAACAGUUACAUUCCCACAUCGUUUACGCUACAAUGUUUCUGUUCGAAAUGCUGUGAACUAAGUGAUGCCAACAAAUUGCACAUUUAUAAGCUGUACAGUGUUAUAACACAUGUGGGGGCAACUAUGUCGGUGGGCCACUACAUUGCCUAUACAUGUUCGCUGGAUUGGGCUAAUGAGUAUAUCAAUUGCCCCAAGGAGCAGAGGCGAAGAGCUAGUCAAGAAAGGGCGGCAGCGGCGGCUGGAACCAAUGGCGGUGGCAGUGGUGGUGGCAAUGGCUCAACAUUGACAGGCAGUCAAACGCAAGCGGCCAACAGUCAGACAUCGUCUUCAUCAACGAAUGCUUCGAGCUUAGGUUCUUCCUCCAGCACUACAAGUUUUAUGAAAAUAAUGAAAUUUGGUCGCAACAAGGCAUCUAGCAGCGGCGAUAUGAGCAAAAAUGUUAAACAUCUGAACGGUUUAACGACCAGCAGUAAAGCCAUUACCAAUGGCAUAGGAAAGCUAACCAUGAAUAAUGCCUCCAGCGGCGGAAGUUCAUCAACAUCGGCGACAGCAGCAUCACAAUGCUCCACAACAUGUCCAAGUAUUAGCUGUUGUGCCAUGCGUUUGACGGCCCAACAGCAAUUGCAUUAUCUGCAUAAUAGUCAAACCAAUGCCAGCGACUUCAGUGAAGAUUCGACCGGCUAUUCCAAUGGCAGUUCGGCUGGCGGCAGCUAUGCUAAUGCAAACUAUAACAACAACAUGCAUCAGCCCUAUGUAGCGGCGUCUAGCAGCAACACAUCGGGUUAUGGCAGUACAGGAAGAGGAGCCACCAAGGCGUCAUACGCAUCUCAAAUACACAAUGGCUCUGAGCCCAUAUGGUAUAUGUGUGAUGAUGAUAAAAUUAAGGCCAUGACACAAAGGGAAUUCGAAGAAUUGCUCUCGCCGGCACGCAAAAUUACCAUUACCCCCUAUCUGCUAUUCUAUGCCCGUUACAAUUUGCAAACUUCGUCACCACCCAAGUCGGCAACAUCGUCUUCAUCGCCUGGACCAGUAACAUCAUCGCCACAAGCCUCCUGGUCGAAUGAGAGUCUGCAAAGUUCGGGCCAUAGCGGUGGCGCUGGGCAUAGUAGCGGUAUGCGUAUGUGAGGUAUGUCGGGAAUUACUAAACUUAAGAGCAAUAAUACUAAUAAUAACAACAACAACAACAACAUAAAAAUAAAUAUGAGCAACAGCAACAACAACAACACAAGUAAUAGCAAAAGCCUGAUAAAAUGCAAUUGUAAAGAACAGGUAAUUUAAGUAAAACUUAUUAAUAAACUUAUAUAAAGUAGUAGAAGAAGAAGAAAACGAUAAAUGAGAAGAGAAUGAAGUACAUAAGAGAUAUAAACAAACCCCUAUUAAAUACAGAAGCAAGAAAAACAAAAGAAUCACAAAACAAGCAGAAAAACGAUGUGACACUUUACCUUCUCCCGCUCCUCAAAGGGAGAAGCAAGGUUUAAUUAAAAACGAUGGACUGCUGUUUUAAAAAAAAUAUAUAUAAUGUUGUAUAUUUUUUAUGUUUAGGAGAGAUGCAAAAACAACAACACACAUUUUAUAUUUAUACUUUUUCUAACAUUUUUCUAAUACAUAAAAAACAAAACAUACAUACAACCAGUCCCUUGUCGUCCACAGGAGUGGUUCAUCUCUUCCGCAGCACCACUUUACUAACUUCUACAUCUAUCUACAUACUUACGUUGGUGUAAAACAUAAAGAUUAUCUGUGUAUUUACUUUUAUUUUUUGAUUCCCUACUGAAACGACCAUACUUCUAUGCUAACUAAACUACUUAAAUGAAAAAAAGAGAAAGAAAUUCGACUAUUUGGACUGAUUUGUGGCAUACAUUGUUAUGUACUAAACCUAUUACUAUACACAUGCACACACACACACACUACAGCCGACAAUGAAGAAACUCCCAGAGCAAACAAAAAGUUAAAAUUAACCAACCCUUCCCCUUAAGGUAACAAAAAAAAAAAAUGUCAAUGCAAUUGUUAAUGUUUAAAAUUGCUUGUUCAGUUAACAGUUAUAAUAAUCUGCUUCCGUUAUGAUAUUAUGAUUUAAAAUUUUAUUUCAAAACAAGAGAAAAAUUUUAGUACAGGCUUAAGUAUUGUUUAUUUUUACGUUCUCAUUUUAAGCAAAAGUAAUUUUUUUAAUAAAUUAUAUAGUGUUUUUUUUCUUAAAAAUAAACAAAUUAAUAUUUAGCUUAGCUCUCUUUAAUUUUAAAUAAAUUUCUAAAAAUUUGGCUUUAAUUUAUAUUUAAGGAAAACACAACACAACAAAAAGAAAAGAAAAUUAUGAUCAAGUGAAAAAGUAUCAAUAAAACCCAUUAAUAUUAUUAAUAACC